AUGCAGCCUCUUUACUGGCUGUUCGUGCUCGGCUGCUCCGGGGCCCUGGUCUACGCACAGGAGGAAGACAAUGGGGAGGCGAUCGCUAUCCUCGAAGAAAUAAACGCACAAAACGAGGCGAUGGAGGCACCGGUGGAGGAAGCCUACUCGAUGGAAAAGCGAGCACCGAUGGACCGAUCGAGCAUGGUUCGUUUCGGAAAGCGAGCUCCGAUGGACCGUUCCUCAAUGGUGCGUUUUGGCAAGAGGGCGCCGAUGGAUCGAUCGAGCAUGGUUCGAUUCGGCAAGCGAGCACCGAUGGACCGAUCGAGCAUGGUUAGAUUCGGAAAGCGAGCCCCGAUGGACCGAUCAUCCAUGGUGCGUUUUGGAAAGAGGGCGCCGAUGGAUCGAUCGAGCAUGGUUCGAUUCGGCAAGCGUAACGCCAUG